CAUCAGAUUCGAAUUGUGUUGACGGGAAGACAAGCAUGAACUGGUAUUUCAAGGCAAGUUUGUCCUGUUACUUCCCGUCGUACCUCGUUGAUUCGAAAGAGGUGUUACGUGCAAUACCCGCGCAUCUCCUGGGCGGAAAUCAAUCCAUUCGGGGUCGAGAUUCCGGCAGCAAUUUGGCACCGAGAGAUCGUCUUGCUAGGACGCAGACGUACAUUCCCAGAACACCAUCGCCUCUUCGACAGGCAAUGGUAUCUGAUCGCCCCGUGAAAGAUAACUCGUUCGGAGAGAGCCACGAGGGCCUGAAAAGUCUGGAAAGUAUCAGCCUUCUUUUCGUUACGAAGCGCGGAACUAGCACGCCUCAUAGGCCGAAGACUGUCAUUGCCUUUGGGAUCAUGGCGAGGAGUAGGCUACGGAAGACAGCUUAUUCAUUCGUUUUCGUCGAAGAGGGUCCGGUUCAGACAGAUCGUAGCUGUUGCGAGCCAAUUCCCAGUCCAACUCGGUUAGAGGCCAUUGAGCGGAAUACAAAUGCAAAGGUGGUCCGAAGUAGAAGGUCCAAUUACAAACCUGCAGUCAAUGAAGUUGCUGCACUCAGAAGCGGUCUGUCCGACGCGCGAAAGCAGAUCAAAGGCCUGCAGCGUCAGUUGAAGAGAAUCGAUCGUAUGGCGGAGCGUUCGGUAAAUGUCCAGACACGAGCACACCAGCAGCAGGACCGUCUCAGCGUAGUCUGUAAGGCCCUUAUUGAUGCAGAGAAGGAGAGAUUGACGGAAACGAGGUUGAGGUUUAGGAGAUCAUGAGCGGGGUGUGAAGUGAUGGAAUUGUAAAUUUAGUACUGUGGAUAUUGUAAAAGAAACAUGUAAUAAACUGCUUUUCGCUGUAAUGUUUUUAAACACCAUACAGUCAUUUGUGCCGUUUGUGCUACCUUUUUUGACCUGUACUUAUACAACAGAUAAUAGACAAUUGA